AUGUCCGAGGAUGCCGAAACUUUCGCCUUCCAGGCUGAGAUCGCUCAGCUUAUGAGCUUGAUCAUCAAUACCUUCUAUUCCAACAAGGAGAUCUUCCUGAGAGAACUGAUUUCCAACUGUUCUGAUGCCCUCGACAAGAUUCGCUACGAGAGUCUCACUAAUCCCGAGGUGUUGGAUACGAACAAGGACUUGUGCAUCAAGGUCAUCCCCAACAAGAAUGACAAGACCCUAACGAUCAUCGAUAGCGGUAUUGGAAUGACGAAGUCCGACCUUAUUAACAAUCUGGGUACGAUUGCUCGAUCUGGCACAAAGGCUUUCGUUGAGGCUCUUUCCGCGGGAGCUGAUAUUUCUAUGAUUGGCCAGUUCGGUGUGGGCUUCUACUCUGCCUACUUGGUAGCUGACCAUGUGCAGGUUAUUUCGAAGCACAAUGAUGAUGCGCAGUACCUGUGGGAGUCGUCUGCCGGUGGUUCCUUCACGAUUCGCCAGAUGGACGAAGAUCCGAUUGGCCGGGGUACGAAGAUUAUUCUGCAUAUCAAGGAGGAUCAGAUGGAGUACCUGGAGGACAAGAGGAUCCGUGAAGUCAUCACAAAGCACUCCCAGUUCAUUGGCUAUCCCAUCAAGUUGAUAUUGGAGAAGGAACGGACGAAGGAUGUGUCCGAUGACGAGGAGAUGGUGGAGGAAGAGAAGAAGGAGGAGGGUGAGAAGGCUGAGGAUGAAGAGGAGAAGCCGAAGGUAGAAGAUAUUGAUGACGAAGAAGAGGAGAGUGAAGACAAGGAGUCGAAGGACAAGAAAAAGAAGAAGAAGCAGGUAAAGGAGAAGUAUAUGGACGAGGAGGAGUUGAAUAAGACGAAGCCGCUGUGGACGAGGAAUCCCGAUGACAUAACGCAUGAGGAGUAUGGUGAAUUCUACAAGCAGCUGAGCAAUGACUGGGAAGACCAUCUGGCCGUGAAGCACUUCGCUGUUGAGGGUCAGUUGGAGUUCCGUGCCCUGCUCUUCAUACCGAAGCGUGCUCCUUUCGACCUUUUUGAGAACCGAAAGAAGCGCAACAACAUUAAGCUGUAUGUGCGCCGUGUGUUUAUCAUGGACAACUGUGAAGAUCUGAUACCCGAGUAUCUGAACUUCAUCCGAGGUGUUGUUGAUUCGGAGGAUCUUCCGCUGAACAUUAGCCGAGAGAUGCUGCAGCAGAACAAAAUCUUGAAGGUGAUCCGCAAGAAUCUAGUGAAGAAGUGUAUGGAGCUGAUAGAAGAGUUGAAUGAAGAUCCAGAAAACUUCAAGAAGUUCUAUGAGCAGUUCGGCAAGAACAUGAAAUUGGGUAUCCAUGAGGACAGCAACAAUAGGAAGAAUGCUGAAGAGAUGACGAGCCUGAAGGACUACGUGUCCCGAAUGAAGGAAAAUCAGAAGGACAUCUACUACAUCACGGGUGAGAACAAAGAGGCUGUUGCCAAUUCGGCCUUCACGGAGGUGCUGAAGAAGCGUGGUCUGGAGGUGCUGUACAUGCUGGAUCCCAUUGACGAGUAUGCCGUGACACAGCUUAAGGAGUACGACGGCCGGAAGCUGGUGUGCGUGACGAAGGAGGGUCUUGAGUUGCCGGAGGAUGAGGAGGAGAAGAAGAAGUUUGAGGAACUGAAGCAGGAGUUU